AUGUCGAUCCGCAUGCCCCUCGGACGUCUGUCCGGACGCCUGGCGCAGCAGCAGCCCGCCGCCGGCUGUCUCUCGACAGCUUCACGCCCGGCGGCUCUGCCUCGCGUGCUUCGCCAGCAGCGCCGCUCAUACUCGUCCGAACCUCCGCGCGCCAAUAACCCGAACAAGGUCAAGUUCUGGCCGUUUUUCGCCAUUAUUGGCUUCGGCACGGCUGGCUACAUUGCCCUGGCGAACCGGCGCAAGGGCACCGCUCCCGUACCCGGCGGCUCGCAGCCCAACACACCGACGGCCGAGUCCGCGGGCCCCGUCUUCUCGCCGCGGGACGUGACCGUCGUCUUCGUACUCGGCGGGCCCGGGGCGGGCAAGGGCACGCAGUGCGCCAAGCUCGUGGCCCAGCACGGCUUCACGCACCUCUCGGCCGGCGACCUGCUGCGCGCCGAGCAGGACCGUCCCGGCUCGCAGUUUGGCGACCUGAUCCGCGACUACAUCAAGAACGGGCUCAUUGUGCCCAUGGAGGUGACGGUCAAGCUGCUCGAAAACGCCAUGGCCGACGCCCUCGCUGCCAAUGGCGGCGCGACGACGGGCCGCUUCCUCAUUGACGGCUUCCCGCGCAAGCUCGACCAGGCGUACAAGUUUGAGGACACGGUGUGCCCGGCCCGGCUGGUCCUCUUCUUUGACUGCCCGGAAAAGGUCAUGGAGGCGCGCCUGAUGGAGCGCGGCAAGACGAGCGGCCGCGCCGACGACAACGCCGAGAGCAUCCGCAAGCGCUUCCGCGUCUUUGUCGAGACGAGCAUGCCCGUCGUCGACUACUACGAGAAGCAGGGCAAGGUGGUCAAGGUCGAGGCCGUCACCAGCGCCGACGAGGUCUUUGCCGAGACCCAGAAGCGCCUCCGCGAGAGACUCGGCUCCGAAUUUUAA